CGCGUGGGCCCGCCCACUUCCAGACGGCUGCACCAAUCGUCGUCAUCUGUCAGGGAUUAAGUGUGAUACAGAGCUCCUCUCUCACACUCCAGAGCGCCACAGAACUUCCGAGAGGUGGAAAAAACUGCGGUGACUUCUCCUUCCUUUAAGGCAGCAGAGGCAACAAGGACACGCGCACCGGGCGGCCCGAUGGAGAAGUCCAGAAACUUUCGCAUUGAUGCGCUGUUAGCUGUCGAUACCCCUAAAGUGCAGACCUCUCCGCUCGCGCUGGUCACUUCCCUGUCCUCCUCCUCUUCGUCCAUCCCAUCGUCUGGAAGCGCGGAACUGGGCACCAGCGUGGAGUCUUUACGCACAGAGACUCCCUCUCCUCCGAGGAUUUCCUCCUGCGGUUUGAUUCCCAAACCGGGUUUCCUCAACAGUCCGCACAGCAUGGUUGGAUUACACCCACAGAGCACUGCAGGGAUUCCCGCACAGGCUCUCUACGGACAUCCCAUGUACACCUACUCCGCAGCUGCGCUCACAGGCCAACACCCAGCCCUGUCCUACUCCUACCCGCACGGCUCCCAUCACCACCACAGCAGCGAUCCAAUCAAACUGACAGCCAGCACCUUUCAGCUGGACCACUGGCUGCGGGUCUCCACGGCCGGGAUGAUGCUGCCCAAAAUGUCCGACUUUAACUCUCAGGCACAGUCCAACUUGCUUGGCAAGUGCAGAAGACCAAGAACUGCAUUCACGAGUCAGCAGCUGCUGGAGCUUGAGCAUCAGUUCAAACUGAAUAAGUACCUGUCACGACCCAAGCGCUUUGAAGUGGCCACGUCCCUCAUGCUCACAGAAACCCAGGUUAAAAUCUGGUUCCAGAAUAGACGCAUGAAGUGGAAGAGGAGUAAGAAGGCCAAAGAGCAGGCAGCCCAGGAUGCCGAGAAGAAGGGCAGCAAGAGCGGCCAGGAGAAAUCUGACGGACUCGAACAGUCGGACUAUAACAGCAAGACAGACUCCAAAAACGGCAGAAUACGGGACUUCAGAGACAGUGACGAUGAUGAUGGCGAUAAUUUCCUGUACAAUUCAUCAGACUGCUCCUCUGAUGAUGAGAGGAAUCACACCAGUGACAUCAGUCCGCAGCCCUAAUAAUGGAGAUGAAGCUAAAGAUGAAAGUGAAGAGGGGCGAAUGAGAACUUCAUUUACAAUGACUCUGGGGGGGAUUUCGCUAUAAAAAA